AUGCCGCCACGACGGUCAAGUCGCUCAACCAGAGCGUCCGUGGAACCUGUAGCAGAAGUCAAGGCACCGGUGCCCAAACGGAAACGCGGUGAAGCCCCAGAGCAAGAACAAGAGAACAUCAAGCCCCCAUCGAGGACGCGUAGAUCCACCUCCGCCGCACCCAAUGUGGCGUCAACGUCCAAAGGGCGCACAAGUACGCGCCUGAGGACCUCUCUGCAACAGGUGCCGGAGUCCGAUGAGGAUGGUGUAGAGGAGGUGCCCCAUCCCAGCAAGAAGUCGCCUGAGGCUGGACUAGACGUAGCAGCAGACCAUGCGCCUGAGGAGCAGGAGGAGGAAAAAUCGUUGCUUGAUCCUCCUGGGACGCCGAAGUCUCAACCGCAGACGAUCCCUCCCGUCCCUGAGGAACCGCAAGGACCGAAAGCGCGGCUAGUUAUUCAUAAGAUAGCACUUGUGAACUUCAAGAGCUACGCCGGGCGUCAAGAAAUUGGUCCAUUCCACAAGUCAUUCUCUGCCAUCGUGGGACCAAAUGGCUCCGGUAAAUCGAACACGAUCGAUGCGCUCCUGUUUGUAUUCGGUUACCGAGCCUCCAAAAUGAGGCAAGGGAAGCUCUCAGAGUUGAUCCAUAACUCUGCGCGGCACCCCGACUUGGACGAAUGCAGUGUUGAGAUCCAUUUCCGGGAGAUCGUAGAUUUGCCUGGGCCAGAUGGCUUCGAGGUCGUACCCGGCUCCGACCUUGUAGUCGCUCGGACCGCGUAUAAGAGUAACUCGAGCAAGUACACCAUCAAUGGCAAACAGAGCAACUACAAGGAAGUACAGACGCUCCUCAAGGGACGUGGGAUCGAUCUCGACCACAACCGAUUCCUCAUUCUUCAGGGUGAGGUCGAAUCCAUAGCACAGAUGAAGCCAAAGGCACCGACCGAGCACGAAGACGGUCUACUCGAAUACCUGGAGGACAUUAUCGGCACUUCGCAGUACAAAGAGCCCAUCGAGGAAGCCCUUGCUGCAGUUGAGCGCCUCUCUGAGGAUCGUCAGGAAAAGCUCAAUCGGCUGCGUAUUGUGGAGAAGGACCGAAACGCGCUGGAGGCCAAGAAGAAGGAGGCGGAGGACUAUUUGCGCUUGCGGAACGAGCAUGUCCGCGCUCUGUCACGCUUGUGGCAAUGGUACUUGUUACAAUGCCUGAACAACGAAGAGAUGUUUGACAAGGCUAUCGCUCGCUACGAGAAGGAGUUGGCUGCAGAGCGGGAACGCAAUAAUGAUGACGUUCUGCAUCUUGAAGCGUUGGAGAAGCACUACAACGAACGUGUCGAAGCUUAUGAGGAAGUCAAAGCAGCUGCGGCUGAGGCAUCCAAGGACCUCGCUUCUCACGAGAAACGUCAAGUGGGGCUCGACGAAAGGCGCAAGCAUGCCAGUAGUAAGGCGAAGAAGCUCAAGAAGUCAUUACAGGAGGACGAGCAUCACAGAAACGAGGCCCUCCGCGCGAUUGAGGACAACUUUAAGAAGACAGAGCGGGAGAAGAAGAAGUUAGACGAAUUGGAGACCUCUCUUGCGCAUGAGGAAGACGUGCUCGAGGAGAUUCGGGACAGUCUGAAAGAUAAGACUCAGGUCUUCCAUGACAAGAUCGAGGUCAAGCAGAAGGAGCUACAGCCUUGGACUACAAAGAUCAAUGCGAAGCAAGCUGAGAUUGACCUCGCGACGAGCGAGCGGGACAUGCUCGCCAGGAAGGCCGAAGCUGCAAAGGCUGCCAGCGAGGAGGCUCAAGACCAGCUGGAACAGUUGCGAGCUGACCACGAGGCGAAGGUCGCAGAGCUUGAGGAGCUGAAAGCUACUAAGGCUAACAAUUCGUCAGAGUUGAGGGCAAAGGAGAAGCAAGUUCACGAUAUGCAAGCCCGUAUACAACAACUGCGCAGCAAGGCUAUAUCCACUCGCCAAAAGGCCGAGGAAGCGAAGGCGUCCCAGACUGCUGACCGAUCCCGAGGCCAAGUGCUCGAUAGCUUGACCCGCCUGCGCAACACAGGCCGUAUAUCGGGUUUCCACGGUCGUUUAGGUAGUCUUGGAACGAUCCCGGAGAAGUACGACGUCGCGGUGUCAACGGCUUGCACUGCCUUGAACAAUCUCGUCGUCGACACCGUCGAGCAAGGCCAGGCAUGCAUCGAAUACUUGCGGCAGCAGAGCAUUGGUCGUGCGUCCUUUAUGGUACUGGAGAAGCUGAAGCACCCCAACAUGCAGAAGUUCUCGACUCCGGAGAAUGUCCCUAGGCUCUUUGACCUCAUCAAGCCGAAAGAACCUCGCUUCGCUGCAGCUUUCUAUAAAGGCGUCCACGAUACCCUAGUAGCUAACGACUUGGAUCAGGCCAACCGCAUUGCUUUCGGCGGAUCGCGUCGGUGGCGUGUAGUCACUCUGGCCGGACAGCUCAUCGACUCGUCGGGGACGAUGUCCGGAGGUGGCAACCACGUCAUGCGAGGCGGCAUGAGCUCAAAAUUGCAAUCCGAAGCCGUCGCACCUGAAGUACUCAAACAAUACGAGCGCGACAGUGAACAAGCUGCUCGGGAGCUUGAUACUCUUCAGCAUGAACUACAGGAGGCAGAGGGUGACCUGGAAGGCGCCAUGAGGUCGGGACCUCAGCUGGACAUGGCGAUUGAGAAGGUCAACCUAGACCUUCGUACAGGCGCGAAGCGCAUUGCAGAGGCUGAGAAACGCGUCCGCGAUCUCAAAUCGCAGACCAAGCCGGAUGCCAGUGACGUUGCGCGCAUCUCUGCCCUCGAUGAACAGAUAGGCGCUCACGCAGAGGAGCUGGAGGGGCUGCAAGGGAAGACCGAGUCGAUUGAGCAAGAGAUCAAGGCUCUGGAGAAGAAGAUCCUUGAGAUCGGUGGCGCCCGCCUGCUCUCGCAGAAGUCUAAAGUUGACGGGAUCCGGCUUCACAUCAACCUCGCCAACGACGAGAUCACCAAGGCGGAAGUGGCGAAAGCGAAGGGGGAGAAGGACUCAGCGAAGCUUGAGAGUACGAUCGAAUCUAACCGUGCCUCCCUGGAUGAGGUUAAUGCCGAAUUGGAGGAGCUCAAUAGUCAGAUUGAAGAGAUCGCCGCGUAUGUCGAACAGCUUCGGUCCAAAGUCGAAGCUGCACAGGCCGCUGUCGAGAACUCAAAGGACGACCUCGAGAAUCUCAAAGGCGAACUCGACACGAAGACGGAAGAGAUUCAAGCUUUUCGUAAGAAAGAGAUCGAACUCACCCAAGCCUUGGCCGACACGAAGAAGGAGGCUGCUGAGAACGGGCGCGCCUUGGUUCACUGGCGGGAUGAGCAUGACAAGCUCACGCUCGAGGAAGUCGACGAUGAUGAGGAUGAGGAGCAGGAGACAGCAGACAAACCGGGCGCCGUCAAGCAAGAACCUGGUGGACCCUCGCGACGUCAAGAGCGAGAGAAGACACCGCCGUUCGAACUGCAUGUUUACACCGCAGAGGAGCUGAACGCUUUCAGGAAGAGAGAGCUCAUCGCCGAUGCUGAGCUGCUGGACGAGAAACUCAAGAACUCGAAACCGGACCUCAGCGUCCUCAAGGACUACCGGAAGCGCGAGGAAGAGUUCCUCAGACGUGCUACUGACCUCGAGGAAGUGACCAAACUUCGCGAUGCCAAGAGGCAGGAGUACGAUAGUCUGCGGAAACAGCGACUGGACGAGUUCAUGACGGGCUUCAACACCAUCUCACUGAAGCUCAAGGAGAUGUAUCAGAUGAUCACACUCGGUGGAAAUGCUGAGCUUGAACUGGUCGACAGUAUGGACCCCUUCUCCGAGGGAAUCAUCUUCAGUGUCAUGCCACCGAAGAAGAGCUGGAAGAACAUCUCCAAUCUGUCGGGCGGGGAGAAGACGCUGAGCUCUCUCGCACUCGUCUUUGCGCUACAUGUCUAUAAGCCCACUCCUCUCUACUUCAUGGACGAGAUUGACGCCGCACUCGACUUCCGAAAUGUGUCCAUCGUAGCUAACUACAUCAAGGACCGUACGAAGAACGCGCAGUUCAUCAUCAUUUCCUUGAGAAAUGAUAUGUUCGAACUAAGUCAUCGACUUAUCGGUAUCUACAAGACAGCGAAUCAGACACGCAGUAUAUCCAUCGACAACCAGCCUCUAAACGCUAUCCCUGUGAACGCUCUGAUGACAUGA